UACCAACUUUACGUUUUACGUGCUUUGCAGGCUGUACCUUAAACGUCCGAACUUUCCUGGUUUUUGACAAGCUUUUAGACAAAACCAAUGAACCGCAAUUUACUUUCGUCUUGAUUCGUGCGGGCAAUUUUUUUCCUCCAUUAGCUUUAGUGCAUUUGAGUAAAGCUGUUCAAAUGGAUCCUGAUAUGUUAGCUCGUAUUGUACCCGCUGGCAAAGAAACUCUUCGUCCUGCUUGCAAAAAGUGCGGCUAUGCUGGUCACUUGACAUUUCAGUGCAGAAAUUUUAUAAAAAUUGACCCCAGUAAAGAAGUUGUUCUUGAUGUUAGCAGCACCAGUAGUGAGAGUGAUUUAGACUAUGAAACUCCAUUAACAAAAUUGCGUGAAGAAGAGCUUAAAUCAGCCCUUGCCAAAAUUAAAGAGAAGAAGAAGAAAAAGAAAGCAAAGAAAUCGAAGAAAGUGAAGAAGAAGAAGGAUCGAUCAAGAUCAAGGUCUAGAAGUUCUAGUUCAUCAGAUUCCUCUGAUUCUUCAGACAGUGAUGACGAUUCGAGUGAACCCAGCAGCCAUCGCAAGAGAUCAAUGAAAAGGAAACACGAUGAUAGCGACUCACGCAGUGAAAAGAAAAAGAAACAUUCCAAGAAAUCAAAGAAACACAAAAGUAAACAAAGAAAGAAAAGGAGUAAGCAUUCUUCUGAUUCAGAUUAAUUACAAUUAGUUCACUUCGUUUCCUUAUUUUUUUU